GAAAUGCCACAAAUGUCCUUUAGCUCAUACAUCGAAAAUGGCGACGAGCCUUUCACACGCUACGCACACUGAGCGUGAAUACAGAAAAACAAAUGUUGAGUACGCUCAAGUUGCAGCUACCGUCGCCGGUGCUUAACACAAAUUCCGACCAAGGAGUCGCCGGGAACUUGGAUUCCGGACGGCGGUUUAGUAUCCGAUUGCCGCAACGACAAUUGGCGUCUCUCUCCGUCCAAUCGGAAAAUGCUUCGUCAUCUGAGCCGUUAGUUACCUCUCAUCUGAAUUCCACCUUUGGAUAUUCUUCUUCCUCGGCGGUUCAAUGGACUCUAACUCAUCGCCAUAUUCAUAUCCUCAAUUUCAUUGCCUGCGCUGCAGCAAUAUCUGCAACCUGGCUGUUUUUUUCUGCAAUUCCAACCCUUCUGGCUUUUAGACGAGCUGCAGAGUCACUAGAGAAGCUAAUGGAUGUUACUAGAGAGGAGCUUCCUGACACUAUGGCUGCAGUUCGACUCUCUGGUAUGGAGAUCAGUGACCUAACUAUGGAGCUCAGUGACCUCGGCCAAGGAUUAACACAAGGCGUUAGAAGCUCAACUCGAGCUGUCCGCUUGGCAGAGGAAAGAUUGCGACAGUUUUCAAGCAUGGCUCAAUCAGCAAACAUGCAGGGUCUACUAGUCCCAACGGAGACCAGGACAACAGGACCAGCUUUAGCUAAAAAGGCGAGGGACCUAAGGGAGGGAAUCGCUAAAGGUCGUGCUGCUCUACAAAUGCUUUUCACCCUCACCCGGUAUUCCAGGAUGAUUGUCAACUUCUUCGCGUCCAGGGCAAAGGCAUAGAGUCAAACUCAUUAGGUCCAAGGAAAUCAAAUCUGCCUUAUACAUAUUUCUUGUAAAAUGUCUGUUGUCGUUCAAUGGGUUGUAAUUGAAUGUUAUUUCCUUCUUGCUACGUUCAUAUACUUCAGACUUUUGUCUAUGUAUACUUCAGACUUUUGUCUAUGUUAACUUCCCCUAGUUCAUGGAUUUGGUAGCUGAUCCAUGAUUUCGUAGUUAAGUCGGA